CGAUAAUAUUUGCAUGUUUAUGUUGAAAAGUAGCGGGCUAGCGGCUCUCUUUAUUGAGGUCAAAUAUUCAUUUUUACUGUGAGUGCUAACCGACAAUACACCAUGAAAGCAAAAUCAGGUUUAACCCGAUUCCAUAACUGCCAGAUCCUACGCGAUGGUAAAAUUAUAAAAGAAGAUUUGUGGAUAAGGGAUGGGAAAAUAGUGAAUCCUGAACAAGUAUUCUAUAUAGAACAAGUGGAGGAAGACGUUAGAAUUGAUGCCGAGAAUUUUCUCAUAGCUCCAGGCUUUAUUGAUAUUCAAAUAAAUGGUGGAUGGGGAGUGGAUUUUUCGUUUGACUCGGAAAAUGUUGAAGAAGGGGUAGACAAAGUAGCUAAGCAGCUCUUGGCUCAUGGUAUCACAUCUUUUUGCCCCACAAUGGUAACUUCUGACACUGAAAAAUAUACCAAAAUACUGCCAAGGAUUCAUAAGAAGCAGGGAGGUAAACAUGGUGCUACGGUGCUCGGAGUUCACUUGGAAGGACCUUUUAUCAAUACUACAAAGAAGGGUGCUCACGCUGAUGUUUUUAUAAAAAAUCCUGAAAAGGGCUUAGAUACUGUAUUGGAGACAUAUGGUGCAAUUGACAAUGUUAUUAUAGUUACUUUAGCACCGGAAUUGCCUGGCGCACUAGAUGCUAUAAAGGGCCUCACAAAAAUGGGUGUCAGAGUAGCUGUUGGACACUCCGCUGCUAGCUUAGCUGAAGGGGAAGAAGCAAUUAAAUGUGGCGCAAAUUUGAUAACACAUCUAUUUAACGCUAUGCUACCAUUCCACCACCGAGACCCAGGUUUGGUCGGUCUACUGGCGUCUACCACUGAUAAGCAAGUGUACUACGGCAUCAUAGCGGACGGCAUACACACGCACCCUGCGGCGCUGCGAAUAGCGUGCAGAACUAACAAGGAAGGUUUAGUCCUCGUUAGUGACGCCGUAGCCGCCCAGGGACUCGCUGACGGCAGCUACCACAUCGGCCCACAAACUGUCACUGUAGAGGGUGGCCGCGCAUAUGUCUCUGGUACUAAAGUACUCUGCGGCAGCACCUCAGGGUUAGACCAGUGUGUGAAAGUUUUCAAGGAAUCUACAGACUGUUCCCUGGAAUAUGCUCUUGAGACUGCAUCCUUGCACCCUGCUAAAGCACUGGGUAUCGAGAACAGGAAAGGAAACCUCAACUUUGGUUGCGACGCUGAUUUUGUUAUUCUCCAUCCGGAGACAUUGCAAGUUUUAUCCACCUGGAUAUCUGGAGAGUGCGUGUACAAAAAAGAAUGAUUGUGAUAAGAAUGUGAUAUGAUUUUUUUUUAUAUUUCUAAUUUUGUAUGCUUGAAGCAACUAUAUUAUUAUACGCAUAAAUGCGUGACUUACCAAUUAUAUUAUCUUUUAUUGUC